AUGUUGCAAGUGGGAGUUGCGUGCAACGGCAUCCCCGAAAACGAUUGGCUAAUUGACGAAUGGGAACUGACACUUGACGAAGCACGAAACUAUGUAGAAGAAUACCGCAUAUUGUUGGGGUUCUCACCUUGUCUCAAAGCACAGCUCCUGUUCUUGGAGCCUGACCCUUCCGCGCUAUUUGACAUCUCUACAUACGUCAAGGCUUCACGUGCAGCAAGAGGCGACGACCUGAACAAGGUUAAGAGCAACAUUCUGAAGUACAUUCCCAAGAUCGACACACCUAUGCUACAGAUCGAAGACAUUCUGGCUGGGCAGCGGAAGGAACAACGUGGCUUUGAGCACGUUGCUGCUGGGCGACUGCUGGUGCCUCGUUGCUAUCGUGACGAGUUUGACAAAAACCCGGAUGAAUGGUGCCGACGUUAUCGAGCACAGCAGAUAGAGAUUACUGCCGGUGACUUACCAUCAUUCAUGUAUCCUGAGUCUGGCUUUGAUGUACAAAACCCCACCGAAAACUUGCUCCAGUCUACUUUCCUCGUCGCCAUCUUUCGCGUGAUCUUCAAAGGUCCCAGCGCAGGAAGCAGUGGCAUGACAGAGAAGAAAGGUGGACGUCCACCUCUCUACAUCAAAUAUAACAUGCGUGAAGUGCAUCCGUGGCAGAUUGCAUAUACAUGCGUGAUUACACGCUUCACACUCAACUCGCAGAGUGUUUGGCAGAACUACGACGGCGAGUUCAAUGUCCCACAUUUCUUCAACAUGAUUAUACAACUCUUUGAUGACAAGGAAUGA